AUUUCAGGAAAGCCUUUGACCUUGUAAAUCAAGAUCUUCUUCUGCAGAAACUUUCUACUUAUGGUGUCCUCGGACGCGCCCAUCGUUGGUUCACCUYYUAUCUCAAAGAAAGGAAACAAGUUGUAUCUAUUGGGAACUGUWCAUCUKAACUCGCCUCCAUGCAAUUUGGAAUCCCACAGGGCUCUUGCCUUGGCCCUCUGUUGUUUAUUAYUUUUGUGAAUGAUAUCCCAACAAUUAACAAGGAAUGCAUGACGUACAUGUAUGUAGACGACACUUCUCUGUGUGUGUCUGGGGCCUCAUCUGCUGACAUUAAUUCAAAGCUCCAAGCUGGCGUGGAUAACCUUCGUACAUGGGCUUCUGAUAACAGGAUGGUACUUCAUCCCCAAAAGACCAAGGUUAUGCUUAUUGGAACACAUCMSAAAMUAGCAAGAUCAGAUCCUCUACAUAUUUAUAUCAAUGAUGAAUUAAUURAACAGUCCUCGUGUGAAAAAUUACUUGGUAUUUACAUCGAUUCUUCUCUAACGUGGAACGAGCAGAUCWGCAAACUCGUUAAGAAAUUCAACACCAAAUUGGAACUCAUCAGGCAGGCAAGACCAUAUAUAUCUCCCAGUAAACUACAACUCCUGUAUAAGAGCAUCGCACGACCAACCAUGGAGUACUGUUGCUCUGUUUGGGGUAACUGCUCGAAGGAUUCUAUGGAUCGACUUUUGUUAGCCCAGAAACGAGGUGCAAGGCUUCUACUGAAUGCCAACGCCAUGUCUCCCUCCUUACCGCUCUUCCAAGAUCUUCUUUUUCUCCCAAUCUCUGAUAUUAUAAUAUUCCGUAUACUGAUACUGAUGCAUCAAUGUUUAUAUGGUUCAGCUCCGCCCUGUCUGGCCUCGCUGCCGACUAAACCAACGCACCGCUACGUUACACGGACAGUAGAUGAUCACAAGUUACUCCUCCCCAAAGCAAAAACAAACUCUGGCAAGCGGUCAUUUUCCUUUCUUGGAAGUUCUUUAUGGAAUAAACUCCCUAGCCGCACCACAAAGUGUUCAACUCUUAAGUCCUUCAAAGCACAUAUCUGGGAACUUGCAAAAAACAAACUCUUUGCUUCUAAGGAACUUAAGACUCAAAGACUUUUUUAACAUUUCUUUUACUUUUAUAUAUUUACUACCCUAUGGGCCAGAUUGGAAAAAAGCUUCGCUUUAUCUGUUUAUCACCCAAUAAAGUUUAUUAUUAUUA